CAUUCUGUAGGCAUUACCGAUUUGCAAAGCCGCAGGAUUGUUAUAACUGUCUGGUGUUUUGCAAUUGCUCUUUGAUUGUGCCUUAGGGGAAAAAACAAAAGUGUGAGGAUUUCGCAAAAUCCAUCUCCCGGGAUAUUUGGACGAUCUUGAGAUGGAAGGGGAGCAUUUAGGAGGGACGCAAGCAAGGGAGACAUCCAGAGACAAAGGUGUUGGGAUUGGAAGUCUUCUUGAGAUGGAAGAUCUCCAGAUGGAAGCUCCAGAAGGAAGACUAGAGAAGCAGGGCCUAGAAGCCACUCUGAGCCUGGAGCAGAGAGGAUUAAUGCUGGGAAGUAUGGAGAGAGAAGAAACACCAAGAGGGGUCCUUAAUGAAGGUGGGAAAGAGCAGGCAGAGCUUGAAGUCCCCGAUAGCUAUUCGAGAGCUGAGGAUUGCCAAAACCAAGCCAAAGUAGAAGACCCGAGGUGGAGAAGCCAGGUGAGAAGACGCCGGAUGAAAGAGGUUUCCCAGGAUCCUCCAGGUUUCAUCAACCUCCUGGGGAUCCUGGAACCCCCACCUGCUCUUCCACCCACCGCGCCCCACAGAGUAGUGAACAAGCCCUUCCAUUGCACGGAGUGUGGAAAGAGUUUCUCGCAGAGCUCCGUGCUCAUCGAGCACCAGAGAAUCCACACCGGGGAGAGGCCCUUCGUGUGCAACGUGUGCGGAAAACGAUUCUCCCAGAGCUCCACCCUGAUGGGCCACCAGAGGAUCCACACGGGCGAGAAGCCGUUCGCUUGCCCCGAAUGCGGACGGGGCUUCAGCCGCAGCUCCGCUCUGACUGAGCACCAGCGCACCCACACGGGAGAGACCCCCUUCCCCUGCCGGGAAUGCGGGAAGGCCUUCAGCCGCACCUCCAACCUGGUGAAGCACUUGCGCACCCACUCGGGUGAGAAGCCGUACAGCUGCGCCCUCUGCGGGAAGCGCUUCUCGCUCAGCUCCAACCUGCUCAAGCACGAGCGCACCCACUCGGGGGAGAAGCCCUUCCCCUGCCCCCUCUGCGGGAAGCGCUUCAAGAAGAAGACCCACCUUGUCUCGCACAACCGCGUCCACACCGGAGAACGGCCCUACCGGUGCGAGGAGUGCGGGAAGUGCUUCUCCCAAAGCUCGUCUCUGAUCGAGCACCAGAGGAUCCACACCGGGGAGAAGCCCUACAAGUGUCCCCAGUGUGGCCGAGGCUUCUAUGUCAACUCCAAACUGGUCAAACACCAGAGAAUCCACACGGGGGAGAAGCCCUACGCCUGCUCGGCCUGUGGGAAAACUUUCCGAUACAAGCAGCAGUUUCCCCGUCACCUGGCCCACGUCCACCCAGGGGAAGAGCAGGUUUCUGUCCUUAACUUGGGGACCAGUGUUAAUAUGCUACUCUCCUAGGGUGUGCCCCGGGGCCCGGCGGCUGGCCUUUUAAGUACCAGGGCUCCCGUUCCAGUCAGAGGCAGAAUCGUUGCCAAAUAUGGUUGAUCCCUAGGAUAGCAUCUUUUGUUGAACGGUUAAAGCUGUUUCUGAGACGGUUCCAACUACGUCGAGGUAGUCCUCGAUGUAUGACCACGAUUGGGCCCAAAACCUCUGUCACUAAGCAAGACAGUUGUUAAAUGAAUCUGGCCCCUUUUAAUGACCUUCCUGGCCACAGUUAUUAAAUGAAUCACUGCAGUUUUUAAAUUAGUAACAUAUUUAUUAAGUGCA